AUGGUAAAUCUUACUUUGACUCUGGCCCUACGAGGCUCGGUUUGUAAUUCCUGUUGUAGAUUGCAGGUAGUAUCGGUAUUAGGUCCUUAUUCCUAACUUUACAUUUCUUUGUCUUGCAGGGGAGGUGUGUGGGGCUGCUCCUCUGUCUCUCAUUAAUCCAUGGGAUCAACUGCUUCUACGUGCCAGGGGUGGCUCCGAUGAAUUUUCGGCAGAAUUCUCCUGUGGAUAUUAAGGUGCGAUGAGGUUAAUGUAGGAAUAUAGCUUUGUGGUUAACAGUUACUUAUUAUUGAUGAGAAUUUUGUUUUUAUUACAGGCUGUGAAACUCACUAGUUCCCGCACACAGCUGCCAUAUGAAUACUACUCAUUGCCUUUUUGCAAACCCAAGGAAGUAACAUACAAAGCAGAGAAUUUGGGUGAGUGUGGUGGGGCAUGAUGACACGGUGAAGCAUAUGGAGUGUCGGUGUGGGAGUGUUAAUUAUGGAAAUUUAGAGUUUCUUAUCUUUCUGUAGUUUAUAUGUUAGUUGUUUUUUAUGAUGUUUAUUCUUUGUAUGCCAUUACCUGAUUUUAUUUAGUUUUUUCCAAAACUUUGUGUCAUAGUAAACAGUCAAAGAGAGACAUAUGACAGAAAAUUAACAAAACAGAUGUAUUGGUGGGUAGAAUUUCUCUAGGAGAAGCCAAAGUAGUACAAAGCUUAGCAGUAUUUAAGAUCUGUGUUUUCUAGCCAGUACGGGAGUCCAUCUCUCACGUAUGCAGAAUGAUACAGUGUUCCGAUCGAUGGAGGAAUGGGUGCCCCCUAUAACAAGGUUCAAGAGAAAAUUUCUUUUUAUCCAUGAGGAAUGUGGAAAAGGGAAAGAAAUGAGAGAGAAGAGAAAAAAAAGUGAGGAAGGGGUAGUCCAUUUUUUGGGGGUUCUUGUAAUAAAUAAGAACUAUUUUAGUAGGUUUUUACCCCUUCAAAAUUUAUAGUCCAUUUUAAUAUUUUAUAGGACAUUUCUAUUAAGAAUUUCCCGUCGUGACAAAUACACUUUGAAGGGCAUUUUCAUUCAUCCAUUCGAGGGGCAAAUACAAACCAUUGUCUGGAAAUCUAUGCAUAAGCAGGAGUAUACAUAGGACGCAAGCUCACGCAUUUAGACUGAGGGGGAAAAAAAGGACAUUUAGUCUGAGACAAAGGAAAAGCUUCCUUACAGUAAGAACAGUUAGGAUGUAGAAUUUCUCUGGCUGAAGAUGUGGUUUAAUCUGAGUACAGAUAUUUAAACAACAACUGGAUUCAUUCUUGCAAAAGAAAAACCACAAUAUUGAGGGAUAUCAUUUUUUUAUAUAUUGGGUAACCGCUUCUUAAUCCAAGGAGAGAUCUGACUGCCAUUCUGGGUUGAGGAGGAUUUUUUUGCCUUACACAGUUUUUUAAUUUAUUUAUUUUCUUCUUUUGGAUCAACGAUGAUGUGAGGCAAAACUUGAUGGACAUAAUUCUUUUUUCAGCCUACAUAACUAGGUAAUAUGGACUCGGUAUUGCUCAAUAAAUUCCCAAGCUUGCACUGCACAUACAGGUCACUUGACUGUCAUUUGAAAUGUAAACAUCAUUUUAUAUUUCAAAUGCAGGAAGUGACAUUAUGACCUAAUCAUCAUGUGAGCUGUAUGUUCUGUAUAACCUUCGGUAUGUAUGGAUCAAUACUGAGUGCAUGUUCUAUAGGAUGAAAAAAAUAUUUAAUUUUACAUAAUAUGAAUGAAAAUCUUUUUGCCAUUGUUAGGUUGGGAGGUUGACUCUGUGAUUUUCUGUGAGAUUUUUGUUUGACGCUGAAUGUACUCAUACAAAGCGUGAGGAUGUCCAGCGUCAUUUCACGGACUCCAUCUCCAUAGGAAGUGCCUCUAGUGACUGCCUGGUAGAUACAACAUCGAUAGUUAUUUGUCCUCAUGGAGUUAAAUAAGUAAAAUCAUGUUAAAGAAUGAUAAAGUAAAGCUUCUAGACUCAUUCUAAAUACACUGUUUGUGCAAUCUCUCUUAUUCUGCGUGCUCCGAUUGUGAUCACAAGUCUUGCUCUCGUAGGUGAGGUUCUUAGAGGAGAUCGGAUUGUGAACACACCAUUCAAGGUUCUUAUGAACAGUAAUAAGAAGUGUGAGAUUCUGUGUGGCUCUCCUAGCAAGCCAACAUUGCUCAAAGUGGAGGACAGCAAGCUGGUGGCAGAACGCAUACGAGAAGAGUAUUACGUUCACCUGUAAGUUGCAUUAAUCACCCCCACCCUCCAUAUUCCCUGUACUUAAUGUGUGCAGUCUAAUGAACGUGCAUGGCUGCUGUCAGAUUGCAUAUUGCUGUAAGCAAAGCAGAAUAUGGGAUUCAGAACUGGAGUUUGGCUGAAAGACUUGUUAUAUUGGAGCUCAUGAUACAGGGAGAAGUAUCCCGAAGCUUCAUACAACCGAAAAAAAUAUAAACCCUUGACAUAACAGUAUCAAGUAAUGUGGUAUUUAGCAAACCGUCCAAAGAGUUAAAACUGGGAUAAAUUUCGUAUUUGAACUUAGUCACAGCUUCCCUAUUUAAAGGGACACUCCAGACCACUAAAGCACUUUAGUUUGCUGAAAAGGUUUGUGUGUGAAUUAUGUUUUUAUGUUGCAAAAUUUUCAUUUCUAUUGAAAUCUGCACUCUUUUAUAAAUUAUACUGGUUAUUCCCCUGGCUUUUCAAGCAGAUAAAAGGUCCUGUUACUUCCUGGUUUGGUUAACUCAUUUACACAGAGUUCAAGAGUCAGCAAUUACCCAGAGCACUGGUCUUGCAAUGACUUCUCAUUGAGCUGCAUUGGGCAGCCACAGAAAGUCUGAGCGGAGUUAGAAGGGGAGGCCUUCAAAAGGCUGCAGACAAGCUUUCUGCAACUUUUGCAAGCUGUUUUUAGAUAUACCAUCAAUGAAAAAAUACAUUAUUUAAAGCAUGCAAGUUUUCAUUGGGAGUAUAACUACUAAACAGUGAUUUUUAUUUAUUUUGUAUUUGGAUAGUGGAGUGCAAAAAAUUUUUUAAAUCCAUAAUUGCUAUAAUGGAUAACAAAUCUGCAUUCACUCUUUAGUGUCUCCUUAAUUCUUAGGCCUAGAUCCACGGUUAGGGAACGUUUAUGUGACUUUUUAAAUGGAUUCGUGAAAGCAUUAGGGACUGAAUGACAACACUAAAACAAAGCAAGAUGUACAUAUUUUUUUUUUUAAUUUCUCUAUUAAAUCCAUGGCCAUAGGUUAUUGUUCUAUGUUAGCAUUUUACUCGGUUUGAUAUGAAUUUAAACUGUAGGCGUUGACCCUUGAUCCACCUCUUCCUCUGUCCAGGAUUGCGGAUAACCUUCCUGUGGCGACCAGGCUGGACCUAUAUCUUAACCACGAUGAUGACGACAAGAAGAAAGAACGAGAUGUCACAUUUGAGCAUGGAUACAGACUGGGAUUUACAGACAACAACAAGGUAAAUACCUGGUUUACUCCACGCUGGUUGUAAUGACAUUUCAUGUUCCUGAUUCUGGAAACUCAGGUACUUGGAAACUUUUAAACGGUGUUGAUUUUCCAAUCACUAGUCACACCCUGACCAGAUCUGAGCUAACUUUGACCUUUAGCACCGUAUUUGAUCAGAAUAACUUUUAAAUGUAUUCUACAGUCCAACAUCUCAGUUUGCUCCCAAUGAACACUCAGUGGUUGCUUGCUUGUGCCAUUGUCCGUCUUUACCUAUUAUUUUCCGAGACGGAUAUGCUCCCUGCUAGUUAGGAUCACCCCCUUCCAGUGAUACCAGGAUCUUAUCAAUAAUAUAUAACCUAAUGGACUCGCUUAGGCCUUGAUUUAAACGUUCCAAAUGAUCUAAUAUUUUUGGAUUAGGGUUGAAAAUCUGUUAAGAACAUAUACCAUAUUUUUUUUUAAUUUGACCAUUUUUAUUUUGUAAUCGAGAGUAAGGGUUACAGGAGGCAAGAGGGAGACACAGGGGGGUUAUACAGAAGUCUAUACAUAAGAUUUGUCAACUGUAUUGAAUCACUGCGCAGGUUAACACCAUUACCUGCUAUGGGCUCAUUCGGGUAACACCAGUGGUUAUGAUAUCUUGGUUCUCAGUGCAAGAUGAGCUUUGUGUGUUGUUUGUGGGCGGUGUCUGUCCUCGGUGGUUCGAGCUCGAUUGGGUUUAGGAGUUAAUACUGUCCACUGUGCUGGUGUUGGACCUGUGGGGGAAUCAGGGGGGUCGGGUUGCGGAGGGGUAUUGAGUCGUGCGGUGUACUUGGAGUCACAUAAGUGUAGUGUGGGUGCAGUGUGCGGAGGUGUUAUGCAAGUGUGAUGUAGGUGCGGUGUGUACGUGAGCCAGCUUGCAUGUUGUUAGGUUGCCUCCAGUCGUAGAGAUUGUUUAUCCAUAUGAGGGUUUCUGUUGUCGUUGGUUCAGUGUGGUUUGUUUCGGUCCCAAAGAUUCCACGCUUCUGUCCAAUAAGGGCUGGUCUGGCUUGUUUUCCUUACCAUUGUUUCAUAAGUUUUGGACGCUUCUACAGCUGUGAUGCAUUGGUUGAUCGUUGGUGCCGUAGUUUGUUUCCAAUUUCUACUAAUGGUAGUGAGGGCUGCUAUACAUAUAUGGUAUAGUAGGUAUUUAGUGUGCAUGUGCCGUGUUGGAGGGAGUAGUAGUAGCAGGAAUACUUCCGGCAGGAGGGAGAUAUGCAGUUUGGUGCAACUCGUUAUUAGGUCUAGGACUUGUGACCAGUAGUUUUGCAGUAGCGGACACUGCCACCAUAUGUGCAGCAAGGUGCCUCGGACCCCUAGGCACCGCCAGCAUUUAUCUGAUACGUUCGGGUAGCUGUAUUUGAGUCUUGUUGGGACCAAGUACCAUCUGUAUAGUAGUUUGCGGGAGAUUUCCAGGUGUGUUAAAUUUGGUGUUAUUGCUCACACUCUAAUACUGGUCACCGGAAGUUCAACAUGGCACCUCAUGGCAAAGAACUCUCUUAGGAUCUAAAAAGAAGAAUUGUUGCUCUACAUGAAGAUGACCUAGGCUAUAAGAAGAUUGCCAAGACCCUGAAACUGAGCUGCAGCACGGUGGGCAGGACCAUACAUUGGUUUCACAGGACAUGUUCCACUCAGAACAGGCCUUGCCAUGGUCGACCAAAGAAGUUGAGUGCACAUGCUCAGCGUCAUACCCAGGUUGUCUUUGGGAAAUAGACAUAUGAUUGCUGUCAGCAUUGCUGCAGAGGUUGACUGGGUGGAGGGUCAGCCUGUCCGUGCUAAGACCAUACGCCGCACACUGCAUCAAAUUGGUCUGCACGGUUGUCGUCCCAGAAGGAAGCCUCUUCCAAAGAGGAUGUACAAGAAAGCCCGCAAACAGUUUGCUGAAGACAAGCAGACUAAGGACAUGGAUUACUGGAACCAUGUCCUGUGGUCCGAUUGAGACCAAGAUAAACUUAUUUGGCUCAGAUGGUGUUGAGCGUGUGUGGCGGCAACCAGGUGAGGAGUACAAAGACAAGUGUGUCUUACCUACAGUCAAACAUGGUCGUGGGAGUGUCAUGGUCUGGGCCUGCAUGAGUGCUGCCGGUGUUCUAUCAUUCUGCUAUACCCCAUCAGAUUGCUAUACCCCCGUCACUUCCGGUGAGGGGAAUCAGCUGGAUCCUGUGCUGCACAUGCAUGCUAGCACUCCUGCUACUCCUCCACAGCAAGGUCCUGGAAGGUAAGUAAAACUAGUUUUACACUUUCAUUAUAGUUAGUGCAUUCAUUAAGCUUAGGACAUGGGACAUUUAGGGUUAAUGCUAGGGUUCAAAUUAGGGUUAGGGACUUGUUCAUUUUUAGUGAUAUUUCACAUUAGGGGAAUAUCACUAAAUUGUGCUUUUUCACACUUUAUUUUAACCCUUACCACAAGGGUUAGGUUAAGAAUAGAGUGUGAGAGAGGUUAGAAUCACUUACCUAACCCUAAUUUGAACCCUCACUUAACCCUAAAUGUCCCAUGUGCAUAAGCUUAGUGAAUGCACUAACUAUAAUGAGUGUAAAACUAGUUUUACUUACCUUCCAUGACCUUGCUGUGGAGGAGUAGCAGGAGUGCUAGCACGCAUGUGCAUCACAGGAUCCAGCUGAUUUUUUUUCUUGCAGGGGAAAGCGGCUUUCCUGCACACAUAAUCAGAACGGAAUUGACAAUUUGGCAACAUAAAGCCAAGAAUUUCAGGCUGUCUUAAAGUGGCAGCAAUUCUUUUUACAAAUUGCUGCUGUUCUAAGCUACUCUCAAACGUGCGCUGAGCCCCAUGCCUUUUGCAGUAACACAAGUGUUUAUGGUUCUUGGAUGAACCUUACGAUCAUCAACAGCAUAAAUGCAAUUAAAUGUGAAAUUAUGCAACCAGCCCACUAGAAUAUCCUUCCUCCCAACACUCUGCAGCUCUCUCCACUGGCUCCAACACACUGGUUUCAUUGCAAGUCACUUCAUUUCUAUACACAUGACAAAACACGACAUGUCCUCGCUAGAGGAUAACUAUGACAACUACAUAGCGUGUGCUCUCAAGCAAUGAAUUGCGUUGGAAAAACAGACAAAAUAAUUCUGCUUAUGCUGAGGGGGGACCUACACUUAACAAACUCUUGAAGUUGACUGAGCGUGCCUCGGGGACCCAGAUAAGUGACUUUUAAUAAUGCCACCAUAACCACUACAGUGUGCUUAGACUGCUUCCUAAAGACAAUGAUUACAUUUAAGUGUGAUAACAUUCAAUUUAAAUGUAAAAUCUUUGCAAAAUACUGUCUGGGUUUUACUUUGCCUGUCAUUGGCUCUAGCUAAAUUAUCACACCAGUGACCACGGCAGCUAUCAUCUCAAAAACUGAUGGAAUUCUAAGAAAUGAUUGAUUUCCAGAGUAAAGAUUAUUUGUAGUAAAUUGUUUUGUGUGUAUUUAUUUUUCUCUUGCAGUUCUACCUGCACAAUCACCUGUCCUUCUUUUUACAUUAUCAUCGAGAAGUGGUGGAGGAAAAUCAGGAGCCCACUUUCAGGGUCGUGAGAUUUGAAGUAAUUCCUCAGAGCAUCAGAAUGGAAGGUAAGGGGGACGAAGAAAAUCGGGUGUUCUAGCAGGGUUAUUACCAAAGUGAGAAUUCAAAGUGAAUUUCUCAUUUAAGGCCAGAGUAGCUGAUCUUGGAGCAUAGCGUAAAUCUGCGAGUGUUUCCAGAUCGGCUAUUUUUACCUUGAAUUUGAAAUUCACUUUAAAUUCUUACUUUGGCGAGUAACCCUGUGUUUUGGAGCAAGCCGGUUGUAACACCACGAGAUCGGUGUCUUGAAAAAUAUACAAAUACACAAUCCACAUUAAAGAGGACUGGAAGUCAGAACUGAAAACAGUGAUGUUGCAGGGGGGCAAAUAUAUAGAAGUAUGGCUUAAAGUGGGUUUGUCUGUUCUACAGGUGGGUGAGCAGCCUGCUGGAGGUUGUAUGGUUAUAUGACAAAUCACCAAGAUUGCACACAAAAAAAUCAAUUGUCUGCAGCUCCUUUAAAAUAAACGGUAUAGGUUUUACAGUCCUCUAAUGAAGGGUCUCUGAGACCUAUACCGAGCCAAAAUAUUUAAAGAUUCCAGAGAAGGGGGUUGAAUAAAUGUGCACAGUUCACGUUAUGGAGUCUUUGUGUUUAUCUCCACCAUAAAGCCUCCUCAAACAAAAAUAACCAUUCCUUAUGGAGAGCAGUGGGACAUGAUACAGGACACAGAUUAAGUGAUAAUACUGCAUCCUAUUGUUUGCACUGUGCAGUGAGUCAGCAGGGAGAGAGAUUUGUGCUGUGGGGUAAGAACACCUUUGUGUCUCACUAAAUGUAAAAAAUGUUCUUUUACUUCAUGGUAAAGGUGUAUGGAGCGUGCCUAACUGAAUGUAAGGGGGGGAGAGGGGGAACGACUCAUGCAAGUGGCACACUUGCUGAGCUUUAUUUCUGCAUGCCAAGAGGGUUGCUGGAAAUGUUAAACCCUGGCCAGAGAUAUCUUUGAUCAUAGAAUUAGUGCAGCCAAAUAAUUUGAAUAUGCUCCUGCACUUAUCCAGUAACACAAGGGUUACAAUGAAAGGUUCUGCUUUCUGGCUAAUUUGACUUUGUUCACCAUCUCCUGCAGAUCUGAAAGGUACAGAGGAUGGGUCUUGCAUGGUUCCUGAAAGCUCCAACUCUGUGCCCCAGGAGAUCGACCCCGCCAAGGAAAACAAGCUGCUCUUCACAUACUCUGUGCAGUGGAAGGUAACCCUGCAUCCAGUUUGUGUUACAUUGGGCUCAGGGGCUUGUGGGUAAUCCUAUCUGUGCUUAAAACCACUCUAUUGAUCUCUCUGCAGGAAAGUGACAUUAAAUGGGCCUCCCGCUGGGACAUCUACCUUACCAUGAGCGAUGUUCAGAUUCACUGGUUCUCCAUCAUCAAUUCUGUGGUUGUUGUGUUCUUCCUUUCAGGUAUGCAGCGGAAGUGGUUGAUUACUCAGGUCUGAGGGAGUUCUGAUAGAAAUGGACAGUAAUCAUGUGUUGUUUCCCAGGUAUUCUGAGCAUGAUCAUUAUCAGAACUCUGAGGAAGGACAUUGCAAACUACAACAAGGAGGAUGACAUUGUGCGUGGUACCACUGACACUAUGUCUGUGCUUGUUGCCUGUUUGCACAUAUCCCUAUUUCACUUACUGUCUGCUUGGUUUCCCCCUUCAGGAAGAUACAAUGGAAGAAUCUGGCUGGAAACUAGUGCAUGGGGAUGUGUUCCGGCCCCCCCAGUAUCCCAUGAUCCUUAGCUCACUCCUUGGGUCUGGCAUUCAGCUCUUCUGCAUGGUCCUUAUUGUCAUAUGUGAGUAGUGUUUUUUUGGGGUUUUUUUUUUUGUAGCAUACUUGGUUUUAAAAAGUCUCAGUUCAGUGGACUCUUGUCUGUCUGUGAAUUUAAAUAUAGACUCAUUCAAAUGUACAGAAUCUGCAUAUCUGAAGAGAGCAGCUCCGGAAGAUAAUUUUCCUCAACGGUUCUAGAAUACAAAAUAUUGAAAAUAAACAUUGCUUUUGUGCCAGUGCAUGGGAUAGGAUGCGAAUACACCAUGGUGUCUACUACGGUUCAAUAUUGAAAAUCAAUCUCUGACAGCAGCAAGUUAUUAGUGGUUUUAAAUAGAUAGAUCUUUGUAUUUUUAAAAAGCACACGUGAUGAAAGUGUAAAUAGUUUUAUAAUAUGUACACUGUCUGCAGUUGUGGCCAUGCUGGGUAUGCUGUCACCAUCCAGUAGAGGAGCUCUGAUGACCACGGCUUGCUUCCUCUUCAUGUUCAUGGGGUGAGGAUAUCUCUUGUGUUUGUCUUCGUGUUUUUGGUUUGGGCUGUUUUCCUGCCUGUCUCCUACAAAUCAUAUUCUGCUCUUGUCUUCACAGAGUGUUUGGUGGUUUUUUUGCUGGCAGGCUCUAUCGGACACUAAAAGGUCACCGAUGGCGCAAAGGAGCAUUUUGUGUAAGUCUGGGGUUUCUGAGUAAAAUAAACUUAACUGCUGAGAUAAGACGUUGACAGAGGAGAUCCGUUAUAUUUCAGUGUUAACAAGAGCGGUUUAUUUUCUGCUUUUCUAACGGGUAAUUGUGGAUUUGAAGGGCUGAUGACGAGACUCCUUGUAAUUUCAGACUGCAAUGCUUUACCCCGGAGUGGUGUUUGGAAUCUGCUUCAUCCUGAACUGUUUCAUUUGGGGGAAGCAUUCGUCUGGAGCAGUAAGUACUGCAUUCAAAACAAACUCCUAUAAUGUGGUAUGUGACCCUGUGCUGCGUGCCAACUUGUCUCUCCCUCCUUCCAGGUGCCGUUCCCUACAAUGCUGGCCUUGCUGUGCAUGUGGUUUGGGAUUUCCUUACCUCUGGUGUAUCUCGGUUAUUACUUUGGGUUCCGCAAGCAGCCUUAUGAUAAUCCCGUCCGGACAAACCAGAUCCCGAGGCAGAUCCCAGAGCAACGCUGGUAUAUGAAACGGUUUGUGGGGUGAGUCAUCGAAUUAUUUAACGGAUCACAAGGUCAUGUUCUACUUUUGUUUGUUCCCAGCAGUGAUGUAUUCGAACUUUGUCUGAAUUGUGUGUUUUGCACUGUAAGCUGUGUGUGUUGUAUGAGCCUGCUUCUCUUGCUGUGCAAUGUCUAAAACAGGUGUUGUCAUUUUGUUUCCUUGUAGGAUCCUGAUGGCCGGAAUCCUGCCGUUUGGAGCAAUGUUCAUCGAACUGUUCUUUAUUUUCAGUGUAAGUUUCAGAUAGUUUAUUUAUGGGUAACUUUCACUCCAUCUAUUCUAGUAAAUACAUUUUUCAAAUGGAGAUUCCUCGCUUUGCAUCAUCUAGCUGUGUUGUCAACUACUAUCCUCUCCUUCACUCACAUACGUGAUCAAUGCAUUGCUUCCUGAUAACCUUUUUUUUUUUUUUUUUUUUUUAAUAUAUAAAAAUGUUUAAUAUAUAUAUUCUUUUGUGGUUCAGGCCAUUUGGGAGAACCAGUUCUACUAUCUGUUUGGAUUCCUGUUUCUGGUAUUUAUCAUCCUCGUAGUGUCUUGUUCUCAAAUCAGCAUUGUCAUGGUGUACUUCCAGCUGUGUGCGGAGGUGAGUAUUGUGAAUCUGGUUGGGCUGGCUUUAUCGAUUGACCUUGAUUACAGUUAAUGUGCUCAAAAAGACAGACAGGAAAUCUCUACCUGUGCAAAAUGGCCAGGGUGACUGGCAACAGGCGCGUAUUGAAAGGGGAACAGACUUUCACUGACUGUAGCUGAGACAUUCAAGAAAAACAGAAAGGGAUGCAGAAUGCCUCCUCUCCAUAAACCUACUCCUGUAAAAGGAUAUGGUAUUCUGUAUUGAGGGGAGCUGUAUGCUGCAAAGGGACAGUAAAGAUAAAAAGAAACAACCAGAAACAUCUCAGAGAAUGCAUGCAUAAGAAUACACUGAUAUGUUGUAAUUGACUUUGCAGGAUUAUCGUUGGUGGUGGAGAACGUUCCUUGUGUCCGGCGGAUCCGCAUUUUAUGUUUUGAUUUACGCCAUUUUCUACUUUGUGAAUAAGGUACAAAUCCCUGCUCCAUGGUUUUGUCAGCAGCAAUACGAUGUACUUUACCUGUUACUAGUCUAAUCCUCUUUGUCUUUUGCAGUUGGAUAUAGUUGAGUUUAUUCCGUCCCUUUUGUACUUUGGUUACACGGCGCUGAUGGUCUUAUCGUUCUGGCUGCUCACCGGGACCAUUGGCUUCUACGCCGCUUACAUGUUUAUCCGAAAGAUCUAUGCCGCGGUGAAAAUCGACUAA